AUGACUGAGUGGUAUAGAAUGAAGACGGGCUUCAUUAACAAGCAUGAUUCAUCGGAAUUGUCGACAGAAACUUCGUGUGAAAUGUCAGACUCCUUCAAUAUAUUUUCGGAUAAUUUAAGUCCGAUUCCUUCUUCAAUAGUGCCUAGGAAGUUGGAUUUUAGCAGCAUGGAUGACGAUGAUGGCAUGAGGGAUGCUGUACCUCCUCCAGUUACACAUAGUCCUCCGUAUAAACGAGUUAGGGCUCUAAGGUUAUUCGACAGUCCACACACGCCGAAGACCCUGCUAGAGAAAUGCUCGACUCCAUCACACCAUCCGCCGCGCUCCAGGCUAUUCCCGCCCAAAUUAAAUGCGCAGUCGGGCAUGCCGUCAGGCUCCAGUCACCACCUCCACCCACCGUCAGGCGACGACGACAGCGCGCUCGGUAGUCUGCCGCCAGACGAGCUGGACGAGUCCAGGAUGAACAGGCGAGCCGUCGCCAACAUCAAUCCGUUCACACCUGAUGGCCAAGCUCUAAAUAAGAAGAAGCGAGCGUUGUCAAAAACACCGACUUGGGGCGACGCUACCCCUGAACAGCCGGCCAAGAGACUCAGGGAAUCAAACAUAUUCCGCUACAACGUGGAGUUCCUAGAACUGGGCGUGAUCGGGCGAGGGCAGUUUGGGCGAGUGACGAAAUGUGUGAACAAACUGGAUGGAUGCGUGUACGCCCUGAAGCGGUCGCUGCGGCCCGUCGCCGGCUCGGCCGCCGAGCGGGCCGCGCUCACAGAGGUCUAUGCCCACGCCGCGCUGGGGAAACAUCCUCAUGUCGUCAGAUAUUACUCAGCAUGGGCGGAAGACGACCACAUGAUAAUCCAGAACGAGUACUGUGACGGUGGCUCGCUGCAGCAGAAGAUGGAGUCCGGACCCUUGGCUGAAGCUGAACUGCUGCUGCUACUAGCUCAUAUUGCUGAUGGACUGGCCUACAUCCACUCCCUGCAACUGGUCCACAUGGAUGUAAAGCCGGGCAACAUCUUCAUCUGCAGCGGGGAGGGCGAGCCCUCGCACGACUCCGACGACGGGUACGAUGAUGACGAGCCCCAGUCGCAUCAUAAGUAUAAGAUUGGUGACUUAGGCCACGUAACGUGCGUGUCGUCCCCGUCAGUAGAGGAGGGCGACUGUCGCUACCUGCCCAAGGAGGUCUUACAGGAGGACCUAACGCAGCUCACCAAGGCUGAUAUAUUCGCUUUCGGUUUAACACUGUUCGAGGCGGGCGGUGGCGGUCCCCUGCCUAAGAAUGGUCAGCAGUGGCACGACUAUAGAGAUGGCAAGCUACCGGAGCUGCCCAAACUGUCUAGGGAGUUUAACCAGUUAUUGAGAAAAAUGGUAGACCCGGACCCGUCGAGCCGUCCGUCGGCGGCGCGGCUCCGGCGCCACCCCCUGCUGCACCCCGCCGGGAACAAGACCAAGACGCAGCUGCGCCGCGAGCUCGCCGCCGCCAAGAUGAAGAACGAACUGCUCGCUAGGAAACUGCAGGAGGCUGCCAGAUGUAUAAAGUCAUUAACGCCGAAUUUAGUGCAGAAUCAAGAAUCGGCGAAGUUUCGCACUCGAUCGGCGAAGAGAUUGCAGAAACCGCGCGUCGAUACACACAUAGCGGAGAUGAUCCAAUCUGUGACGUCACCGAUUAGAAUAGACCGGACAUAUAGAAGAACGAAAAAGGUAUAA